AUGCUUUCUCCCCAGAAGCGCCUGCGACACCUUUUGAAACAAUUUUGCAAAUCCCAUGGCGAAUUGUCAAAGAACACAUCAAAAGAGACUCAGACACGCCAAUCGGAAUCAGGAAAUGCCAUCUAUCACUAUUUUAUGACAUGCAACGCGCACACCUGUCACAUAGCAGCUCAUUCUGACCGUACCUUCUUCAUUUCAACCAAGCCAAACUCAAAUGCAACUACUUUAGCCAUUCGACAUUCUAUCUCUCUUUCUCUCUCUCUCUCUCUCUCUCUAUCUAUCUAUCUAUCUAUCUAUCUAUCUAUCUCAAUUUAUUCAUAUCUAUCUAUCUUCAUAUCUUUCUGUAGUCUGUCUGUCUAUCUAUCUAUCUAUCUAUCUAUCUAUCUAUCUAUCUAUCUAUCUAUCUAUCUAUCUUCAUAUCAAUCUCAAACUCUAUCUAUCUAUCUAUCUAUCUAUCUAUCUAUCUAUCUAUCUAUCUAUCUAUCAAUCUAUCUGUGUGUGCGUGUUUUCAUAUCUAUCUAUCUAUCUAUCUAUGUAUCUAUCUAUCUAUCUAUAUUCAUAUCAAUCUCAAACUCUAUCUAUCUAUCUAUCUAUCUAUCUAUCUAUCUAUCUAUCUAUCUAUCUAUCUAUCUAUCUAUCUAUGUCGAAACUCUUUACAUUCUUGUCGCUGUUCAUUGUACCUAUCACAGCCCGUUACCGUCUGCCGACGCCUCCUUACACCCCCCCUUCCCGCUAAACCAAUUAAUUUCCCUCCUAAGUUUUCUUGAGUGUCUCUUCGCGGUGCUUCUCACAUAUCCAUGUGAACACUUCUCAGAAGAACUGAACCCUCCCGAAAUCUGUCUUUAUCUAUCUAUCUAUCUAUCUAUCUAUCUAUCUAUCUAUCUAUCUAUCAAUCUAUCUAUCUAUCUAUCUAUCUCUCUAUCAUAUUCAUUUCAAAUCUAUCACAGUUUGUUCAAAUCUAUCUUAUCUAUCUAUCUAUCUAUCUAUCUAUCUAUCUAUUACAUUCAGUUCAAAUCUAUCACAGUCUGUUCAUAUCUAUCUCUAUCUAUCAUAUCUAUCUAUUUCAAUCUAUCUAUCUAUCUGUUUGUUCAAAUCUAUCUAUCUAUCUAUCUAUUCAUCAAUCUAUCACAGUCUGUUCAUAUCUAUCUAUUCAUCUAUCUAAUCUAUCUAUCUAUCUAUCAUUACAUCUUCAAAUCUAUCUAUCACAGUCUGUUCAUAUCUAUCUCUAUCUAUCUAUCUAUCUAUCUAUCUAUCUAUUACAUUCAUCUUUAUAAGUCUGUUCAUAUUCAUCUAUCUAUCAUCUAUCUAUUUCUAUCUAUUACAUGGUUUCAAAUCUAUCACAGUCCCCCUUAUUGUAUCUAUCUAUCUAUCUAUCUGAAUCGCUAUCUAUCUAUCUAUCAAUUACAUUCCGUUCAAAUCUUUUCUGUUCAUAUUUUCUAUUUCAUUUCAUCUAUCUAUCUUUCUAUCUAUCUAUUAAUUCAUUUCAAAUCUAUCACAGUCUGUUCAUAUCUAUCUAUCUAUCUAUCUAUCUAUCUAUCUAUCUAUCUUUAUAAGUAUCUAUAA